AUUAUUAAUUUCAACUGAUAAGGUUAAAAUAACUUAUGUGUUGGGUUUAACACCACAUCUUCUCCGGCGAACACUCCACCCCCUUUUCCGAUCAAAUGUUUACCAUUCCGUCAAAACUCUUCCCCCUCUCCGGCGGCCCACUGUCUCCAUUAAACCACAGGCCGUCAACUCUCCGGUUAUCUCACCACCACAUCCUCCACCUCUCUCGCUCUAACUCACAUUUUCCGAUCAAAUUUUCUCAACAAUUUCGUUCCAGAUCCACUGGUAACACACCGGAAAACAACGGUGAUUUUUCCGCCGAUGUGGAGGUAGUUACGUCGUCGCAUCCGUGGCCGGAGUGGUCGGAAUUGCUUGGAUAUGCGUCAAGCUCCGGUCAGUUUGAAACAGAUAGGAAUAUAAAGGAUGAAUUUGUGCCGAAUGAGAGUUUAUCAAUGGAGUUUGUGGAUGCUGCGUGUUCGUUUCUAGGGUUUGCGAAUGACAGAGAUGAUAUGUUAGGGUGGCUUCCAAAGGAUGAUAUCCAGGUGCUUGUAAACGAUGGGACUCCGUUUCUUUUUAAAAAUGCUGUUGAAACUGAGAAAAGAAUGAGAUCUUUCUUACAGGGGGAGGAAUCAAGUGAAGCAACAACAUUGGACUUGAUGAAGUACAUAUUGAGUUAUGCAAGCAAUCCUAUUUUUUAUCCUGAAAGAAACAUCAAGGAAGCCACCGAAUUAUCUGCCAGAAAUUUGUUAAGGGAGAUGGCUAAUUUUAACGGUAGGGGCAAAGAUGAUCAAACAUCAACAAGUCUUGGACCAGAUACUAAUAUCAAGAGAGGUGACUGGAUAUGCCAAAAGUGCAGUUUCAUGAACGUUGCAACGAACACUAAAUGCCUUGAAUGCGAGGAGUUAAGACCACAAAGACGGUUGACUGGCAAUGAGUGGGAUUGUCCCAAAUGCAAUUUUUUUAACCAUGGGAGAAACAAAGCGUGCUUAAAAUGCGAGUGUAGGAGACCAGGUGAGGUUCCGUUACCCGUUACGCAAGUGAAAAAUUACGGUUAUGCCCCGUUUGUGCCCUUACCAGAUGACAUGUUUUCAAAAAAAUCAGAAAAUAUAAAAACCAGAAAUUCUGAACCAAAAAUUAAUGUUUCUGAGACCAAUUCUGAAAAAUCAGUUACAAAAAUUGAAAAUCAGAUUAAAGAUACCGCUGAAGAUGAGAAGUCAGAAAGAUGGUUCAACAAAGUGGCGGAGUUGCAUGACGUUACGGAUUUAACUAGUGUCAUUUCAGACGAUGAUUUUCCCGAAAUAAUGCCGAUGCGUAAAGGUGAAAACCGGUUUGUGGUUAGUAAAAAGAAAGAUCGGUCGUUGAAUUCUCCGACAUAUAAACGGCAACAAGCGAUUGAGCAAGAGAAAAACACCAGCUUUGUUCCUUUUGUUCCGUUUCCACCAGAUUAUUUUGCUAAAAAGGACGAUAAUCAAGUCAACUCUGGAGACCCAAAUUCGGAAAAUGGGUUUCAAGGGUUGAGUCCGCUCAAGGAAACCGACCCGUUGAAUAUGUCCGAAGAGGCUAAAGCGUCAAAUAGCACAAAUUCAAGUCAAAUGCCACAUGAGAAUUUGAUUAAAGCUGCAAAUGACGCCGAUCUUGUGCAAAAAACAACAAACACUCCAAUUAACCGAAGUGCAAAUCGACCCGAAACCUUGAAUGGAGAUCGCGUCAAAUCUGAAGACCCAAAUUUGAGAAACGGGUUUCAAAGGCCGAGCCUGGAAGGGUCAGCGGUCAAGGAAACCGACCCAUUGGAUAUGUCUGAAGAGGCUAAAGCGGAAAGAUGGUUUAGACGGGUUGCGCAGAUUAAAGAUAUUUCUGAAUUAAGUCAAAUACCUGAUGAAGAUUUCCCAUCGAUUAUGCCAAUGAGGAAAGGGGUCAACCGGUUUGUAGUUAGUAAGCGGAAAACACCUUUAGAAAGGAGGUUAAGUUCUGUGGAACAUAAAAAGAAUAUUAGGACCGUGAGAUCUGAACCGUCGAAAAAGGAUGGUGAUGACAGUUAAGAGCAACUACCCUCCAUGUUGUAAGUUAAUUUAUUGAGUAAAUUUUGGAACAUUUGUGUGAUAAUUGUGGCUAAUGUAUGUUUGAUACACUAUUAAUCCGUAA